AUUGUCCCCCGGACCCAGGCAGUGGCCGGAGAAACCAUGAGCCGACAUCGGAUGCUGCCCACUGUUUUGUUUCAGGUCCAGAAAAUCCACACUGCAGGGCAGUAUCUGAGAUCCAAAACAGGGACAGAGCAUCGCUGGCUGGAGAGACAUUUCCAGGAUCCAUUUGUGAAGAAAGCCAAAGAGAGGAACUAUCGUUGCCGAAGUGCCUUCAAGUUGCUGGAAAUUGAUGACAAGCAUAGCCUCCUUCGCCCUGGGCUGCAUGUAAUUGACUGUGGCACAGCCCCUGGGGCUUGGGCUCAGGUUGCUGUUGAAAGAGUCAAUGCCGCAGGGUCUGACCCAGAUAACCCCGUUGGCUUUGUCCUUGGCGUUGACCUUCUUCACCUUUCUCCCCUGGAAGGAGCCAUUCUUCUACCUCAUGCCGAUAUCACGGAUCCGGGCACCCAGAGGGAAAUCCGAAAGCUUCUCCCUAAAGGAAAAGCGGAUAUUAUCCUAAGUGACAUGGCGCCUAACGCUACUGGGAUCCAGGAACUCGAUCACCAAAAGUUGAUCCAUCUCUGCUUGUCCCUUUUGGAUCUGGCCCAGCGCAUUUUGCAGCCCGGAGGGGUCCUGCUCUGCAAAUUCUGGGAUGGCAAGGACAGCCAUCUCCUCCGGAGGCGACUGGCCCAAGACUUUCGGGAAGUGAGGACAAUAAAGCCUCAAGCGAGUAGGAAGGAAUCGGCGGAGACCUUUUUCUUAGCAAAAACAUACCGAGCGGAGACCGAUGUGCAUUAGAAGAAACUCAGGGAGCUCCAUGCAUCCUGCAUGGCAUCGCCUGGGAUCAAUGUGGUUUCAGAGUAGCUGCCUUUUCUUGGGGGGGGGGGGUGCGUGCAAGUUUUGCACGCUGGUGGAGAAGUGACGGAUUAAACCAAGCAGAUCAGGGUGGGAAAUGCAAGGAUAAUGUUGGCAGAGACAUGACUAAAUCGAUCCAUUAUUAAGUCUAGAAAUCAAUUAGUUCAGCCAUUCAGUUUAUCAACAAGCCUCUUCUUUAGAGACACACAUGAAUGUACAUAGAGUUAGAAUUCUGAAUACAAAUAAGUGCAGUGUUUCUGUUGUACUUCCUUCACUAUUUAAACUGAUUUGCUCUCUCUUGUUUAUGAGGGUGUCGCGUUGGUUUUAAUUUGCAUUUUCCAACCUUCAUCUCUCCAAGCAGCCCCGGGAAAUUUGUGUACAGGACUGAUUAUA